AUGACGACGCUCCAGCCGCGCCCGCCCUACUCAGACGCCGAGCUUGCCCAGCUCUACCCGCGCCAGCUUCACCUCCAACAAGUCCAGAUCCUCCUCCGCCACGGCGAACGAACCCCCAUCAACGCCCGCUUCGGCAACGCCGGCCUGCCCGCCUUCUGGCCCUACUGCAGCGCCGUGCGCCGCCUCCGCGCCGCCGUCCUAGGCCCCUCCGGCCCCGGCGCCGAGUCCGUGUCCGCUGCGGACGGCACCUUCUCCGAGAUCCAGUGGCGCCGCCGCCUCGAGACUUUCGAUAACAACGAUGCCGCUAUCCCGGCUUCAGGUCCAAAGGGCGAGCUUGAUUCUCUAUGUGAUCUGGGCAUGCUGACGGACCGCGGGCGGGAGACGACGUACGCCCUCGGCACGAGACUGAGGAAGCUCUACGUCGACCACCUGGGUUUCUUGCCCGCCAGCAUCAAGGACGCCGACUUCCUCUACCUCCGCACGACCCCGAUCCCGCGCGCCCUUGAGUCCAUGCAGCAGGCCUUCUUCGGGCUCUACCCGCCUCACACCCGCGCGCCCGACUUCCCGCCCCUGACCAUCGUCUCGCGCAACCCGGCCGACGAGACCCUCUUCCCCAACGACAGCAACUGCCGCCGCUUCGCCUUCCUGUCACGAGCCUUUGCCCAGCGCGCCGCCGACCGCUGGAAUGACACCGAGGAGAUGGCCUACGUCAACAAGAAGCUGGCGAAAUGGAUGCCCGCCGACAGCCCGCGCAUCGCCGUCGACUCCCGCCCACGCCUCAUCGGCAUCAUGGACACCGUCAGUUCGACCAUGGCCCACGGCCCAGCCACACGCCUCCCCAAGGAGUUCUACGACCCCAAAGCCCGGAGCAUCAUGGAGACGAUUGCCGUCGAGGAGUGGUUCGCGGGUUACAAGGAGAGCCAGGAGUACCGCGCCCUGGGCAUCGGCUCCCUCAUGGGGGACGUCGUCGCCCGCAUGGUUUCCACCGCCGAGCGCAACGUGCCGCCCCCCGACGCUGAGUUUGUUCAAACACCCGGCCAGCACGGAGCUGCCUCUUCUACUAUCGACGGCCUGAGGAGCAAGAAUAAGAAGAACAACGGGGAUGAUGAUGAUGGCUUCCGCUUCGGCCUCAGCGGCUGCCACGACACCACCCUCGCCGGCAUCCUCGCCAGCCUAGGCGCCUUCGGCAACGACGCCUGGCCCCCCUUCACAAGCCACAUCGCCAUCGAGCUUUUCCGCUCCAACUUCGACAACGACACCUCCUCCUCCUCCAACAAACCAUCUACAUCCCUCCUCUCCUCCCUCUGGCCCUCCUCCUCCAAACCAACCCCCAUAGGCCGCAAGCCCACUGAAUCCCUCACUCCGCGCGAAAAGGAGUCUCUGCAGGGCUACUUCGUGCGCCUGCGCUACAACGACGCUCCCGUCGUGAUCCCCGGCUGCAAGACCCCCGGCAACCACCUCGACGGCGAUGAGUCCUUUUGCACGCUCGCCGCGUUCAAGGCCAUCGUCGACAAGUUUACGCCGAGGGACUGGAAGAGCCAGUGUCAUACGAAUGUUAAGGCGCCUGCGUUUCCCGAGAAGGAGGAGCCUGCUGGGUACUGA